GGCAGGAUGACUGAAAACUCCGCUGCAGCACCUGCUGCCAAACCUAAGCGGGCCAAGGCGGCCAAGAAGUCGACAGACCAUCCCAAGUACUCUGACAUGAUCGUGGCUGCCAUUCAGGCCGAAAAGAGUCGGCUCGGCUCAUCCCGCCAGUCCAUCCAGAAAUACAUCAAGAGCCAUUACAAAGUGGGGGAGAAUGCGGACUCCCAAAUCAAGUUGUCCAUCAAAAGGUUAGUGACAACAGGUGUUCUGAAGCAGACCAAAGGGGUUGGUGCCUCUGGCUCCUUCCGCUUGGCCAAGGGUGAUGAGCCCAAGAAAGCGCCAGUGAAGAAGGCCAAAAAGGAAGUCAAGAAGGCUGCGACACCCAAGAAGGCGGUUAAGCCUAAAAAGGCUGCUGCCAAGUCACCAGCCAAGAAGCCCAAACCUGCUCCAAAGAAAGCCAAAAAGAAGCCGGUGGCUGCUCCAAAGAAAGCCAAGAAGCCAAAGACUGUCAAGGCCAAGCCAGUGAAGGCAUCCAAGCCUAAAAAGGCAAAGGCAUCAAAACCCAAAGCAAAGUCCAGUGCAAAGAAGUCAGCCAAGAAAAAGUGAAGUACACGCUUUGGAUCUUUUCUCGGACAUUCUUCUUGACCUGUACUCUGUAAAUAGAUUUCUCCUUUAUUCGCUACUCCUUUCUAUUGCAGCUUUAUAAAGACUGAACUAUUUCCCCCUAAUAAUAGUUUAAAUAAUCCAUUACUUUUUUCAGUAUGGAAAGCUCCUUUUUUGGUUUGCAUUUUGUUUUCAUUUGUAACCUUAAAGAUCUCUGUCUUCAUCUUGCUUC